AUGAACGAACCGAACAGGCCGCCAGGCCGCUCACGACGGCAACCAUCGCCCGAAGAAGCGCCUUCGCCAGAGGAGGCGCCAAUAACGAUAACAAAGCGAGGACCCGGCCGACCGAGAAAGAAUCCUGUGACCCAGACCGAAGGGAACCAAGGACAGCCCAAAAAGCGAGGUCGCCCACGAAAGGCUGUGCCGCCCGCUCAGAAUCCGGAUGAAUCCCCAAGUCGAGACACAGUACGGAACCUACCCAAGAGACGAGGCCGCCCACGAAAGACUGCGCCCGAUCCGCCCCCCGAGGAUGACGAAGACUUCAUCGACAACUAUGAGCAGGUCGAUGAUGACGAAGAACUGAGUCAAGUUGAUGAGGAACCAGAAACCCUUACUCGCAAGACCAGACGCAAGGAAAAGACCCGGCGCUCAUCUCAACGAGAAAAGAGAAGGCUAAAGGCCCCUGACUCGUUCAUGACCAAAGAGGUCUAUGAAGCACCCGGUAAGCCAGGCUACGCCGGCCCCGACCCUGCAUUCGAUGACCACUGGGACGCCAAUGAUAAAGCUAGAUUUAUCCAGACAUAUUGGCAGGGAACGCCACUGGAGUAUAUAACUUCUGGUCCCGACUUCAUCAGUUACCCAAAAACACUUCUAGUGUUCAAGGCAUCGUUGCAUGUCUUCAAGAUUGACCCCCUCACUCUUUUCACAAUGGGGUUGAAUGACAUUGUAUUUGACAGUGGCUCAAAGUCGACUAAAAUGAUUGAAGGUCAUGUAUACAUGUACCCUUUCUGGUCCAAGAUUUUCUGCGAGAGGCUGGCACGAAUGAUUUUCCACCCAUUGUGGUAUGGUCCUGAGCCCUGGGCCUUCAUGCUAUUUGCAAUCAAAUGGGCUACUAUUUGCCGUACAAAUGAUCGACGCCCUCUACACCAAGACGAACUUUUGCUACUAGAGAAACUCUAUUGCAAAAUGGAGCAAGACCCAACGCUGAGUUAUCCUGAGAUCCAUGCCAAGCAGCAGAUGACAAUAGCACUUCGAGGCGGGGUCUCGUCGCCACAAGCACAGCUUCUGUCCGAGAUUGCGGCAACCGCAACCAGAUCCGGCGAGUGUCCUUCGGAUAAAUACUACCACGUAGUACUAAACGACCUCAACAAUGUCAUCCACGGGCUCGGCACGUUACGGUUGACGUGGGAGCAUGACUGCGAGUUUUUCUUCCAGUCGAUCUCUGACAGUCUUGGCAGGGAACUGUACCCAACAAGCAGGCAAAUGCCCGCUUUAUAUAAGAACUGCUAUCUCAGCGUGGAGCGCAAAAAGCUUUAUGACUUGAAAGUUCAUGGGCAUGACCUGGUGUAUUUCGAGGAACACCAUUUGCGAAUGCCUAGCAUGAUACCACAGAAGCUUCAUUCUUCGCCUGUCGAGGAAGAGCUGGAAGCAGAGGUUCAACCCGAACCAUUACCACAAAGUUUUACACAGCCAGAUGAAGACCCAUUCAAUGAAACUCCCCCUGAAGUUGCCCCUGAGGUUGCCGCCGAAGCUGCCUUAGAAGCUGCAGCCGUAGACGAGGACGUCAACAUGGAUUCGCAUGAUAACAACGCUCAAGUCUUGAUACCAUCGGACUACCAAGACUUCGUUGAUUAUGGCGGCAACUCAGACUUGGAUCCUGGCGAGGAAGAACCAGCAGCUCAUUUGAGUCCGAUCCCUAAAGAUACCAUCGAACGAGAUGAGACUCGACAAGAAAGCCCAGCCGCUUCUCCUGUGUUACAUCCCAUUGCCCAAUUGAACCGAGUGUCACCAACGCUGACUGGCAGAGGGACCCCUGAGGAGCAUCAAACAACGGAAUUGCACAAUCGACUUGAAACAAGUCCUGCGUCCUCCUCAAGCCAAGCUUUCUUUACUCGGCGGCGUCCAUGUUCGAUCUCGUUGGCCUCUCAGGGAACUCCCGUGGAAGACGGUGUUCCGAGAAGUAUGGUCCGAAGCUUAACUCCCUCCGUGAUGAAUUCACAAUAUAGGACUCGAGAUCGGCAAUCAGAGGUGGAAAGACAGUCGAGAUUCCCAAAUGCUUACCUCAGUUUCAUGGGGGACCGAUCUCAUGGAGAGAAGAACGUGAGCCCUGCUUUCAUUCCGGAAGACAUGUUUGAGCACCUCCGCAAUCGUGACAAGCGGAAGUCCGAUGGUGAUAGUCCUAGGCCAACGAAAAAGAUUCGCAAAGAGGAAGACCCUCUAUACGGGGUGAAGCCUCCAUUGACGGAGCCAGGUUCCACUAUCACUGAUAUGCUCAGUAGUAUUGAUGAGGAGGGAUCGCAGCCAGUGGAGUCGGGCCAUGACUCCCCAGGGCAAAUAAUUUGGCCGUCGUACAGCGAUGCUAGAAUUAAAAAUCCUCGGGACUUCUCCACAUCAAAGAGCCCAAACAGAAUCAUGGGUGAUCCAUUACUGGAUAGAUUAGGUGCACGGAGAUAUGAAUAG